CGAGGACCAAAUAUAAAUUGCACAGAUAGUUCAGGAUACACUGCUUUACAUCAUGCAGCUUUGAAUGGUCACAAAAAUAUGACUGGAUUCAUAUGAAGUUCCUUCACGGCAAAGCAUUGUUUAUCUGGAACAAUGAAAAUGAAACAGCUCUGCACUGUGCUGCCCAAUAUGGACACUCAGAAGUUGUUGCUAUUUUGCUUGAAGAACUUACAGAUCCCACAAUAAGAAACAACAAAUUAGAAACUCCAUUGGAUUUGGCAGCUUUAUAUGGCCGACUGCGGGUGGUGAAGAUGAUAAUCAAUGCAUAUCCAAAUCUGAUGAGCUGUAAUACAAGAAAGCAUACUCCUUUACAUCUUGCUGCACGUAAUGGUCAUAAAACUGUGGUACAAGAGCUGCUAGAAGCUGGAAUGGAUGUCAGCUGCCAAACAGAAAAGGGAAGUGCAUUACAUGAAGCAGCUUUAUUUGGAAAAGUAGAUGUUGUACGCAUUCUUUUAGAAACAGGAAUUGAUGCCAAUAUAAAGGACAACUUAGGCAGAACAGUUUUAGAUAUUCUGAAAGAACAUCCAUCACAACAGUCACUCCAAAUUGCUGCAUUGCUUCAAGAUUACAUAGAAAAAGGAAAUUCAGAAGUUCCAGAGGAAUCCAUAGAGGAAUAUUUAGUAUCAGAUCACCAUUCCAGUGUUUUAUUCCCAGAAGAUUCUCCUAUACAAACAAGUAAAAGUGAAGCUGUGACUGGUGAAUUAUCAAAACUAUUAGAUGAAAUCAAACUGUGCCAAGAAAAAGAUUAUUUAGAAGAUAUGAGCCAUACUAUAUCAGAUGAUUAUCUGGAUGAUGCUAGCAAAGUAUCAGAAGAAGAAACAGUAGCAAAUGGAAACCGAGACAAGUCUAAUAUAAGAUCAUCUUCCACAAAUCUGGAACAAGCAGAAGAGGAAGAAGAGGGUGGAACUGAAAAUAGUUGUGGACCUACAGGUUUGUGGGAAGCACUGACACCUUGCAAUGGAUGUAGAAAUCUUGGAUUCUCCAGUCUUACUCAGGAAGCCUUUCCAAAGAAGAGGAGUGCUACACUGGAAGCAGUGCCAUCUGUUUCUUCAGAAACAUUUCCUGUGGAAAAUGAAAAUGGUCUCUGUGACUUUCUUGAUACAACAGUUACGAAGAAACCUUGUUCUUUAGAAAUAACAAGAGGAGUUUCAUCAAAAAUAGAACAAUCCAGACCAAAGUAUAUAAACUUUCAAGAUUUUUUCCUGGGGUGAACAAAUGAGGAGCAAUAAGGAGGUGAUUGAAUUUCAGUGUCUGAAAUUACUAUAUAUAUGCUAUUUUUCUCAUAUAAUAAACUGUGCAUUAUAGUAAUCUUAAAACUGUUCUGGAUUUUUUGUCAUUUAUUUAUUUAUUUAUUCCUGUAUUUAUUUAUUUAUUUAUUUCUGUAUUAAUUUCUGUAUUUCUGUAUGCAUGUAUGUAUGUAUUUAUUUAUAUAAUUUGCCAUACUAUUUUUAUAACUGUAGCUUCUCCUAUUUCUUUUUUUAAAAGAAAAAUACAAGUUUUGGAAGGAAAUAUUUUUUAUUUAUUUAAAAUAUGCAUAUAGCUGCUCAUCUUGUACCAAACUCUGGGAUAUUUAUAACCGAGGAUAAAAUCUUAUCUAUGUAUAAUGAAAAUAUUUAAACCAAAGUCAUUAAAGCUCAAAAAUAUUAAAACCAAAACUUGAUAAAAAGUAGAUAAGUCUUCGACCAUAUAAUGGUAUGUAGAUCCAAUUUGUAGACUCCUGACAGAUUCUGCUGUCUAGAUAAUAUCCAAGAGUGUCAGUGUAAUUGAAACAGUUUUUUUCUACUACAGUAAAUGAGAAAGCACUGAUUUUUGAGCGAUCAUGUGUCAUAAGGCUCAAUAUCAAGAAGAAGAAAAGAAUUGUGCAUACAUAAAAUCCAAUUGAAACUCAUUUGUUAUCCAAAUGAAAUAAACAAAAUGUUUAAAAGUUAUAUUUAUGUAGUUAUUUACCAAGCACAUCUAAAUUAUAUUAAGAUAACUAAAAUAUCUUUACAAUCCUCAAGGAAUGUCACAACUUUUGACUACCCCUAAUGUUUGGAAAGUUGAAAAAUUUGA